AUGAUUGCGUAUUCAGGAUUUGAGGCAAAAGUUGACGGGGGUUCCAGAUACGAAGGAAAAGAAGUAACUGAGGAGUACUGCACCUUUCUUCCCAAACCUGAACAUAAAACUAAGGUUUGCAAUUCUCACUGUAGCCUGGAGUGGGAUCGUGUUCAGACAGGGAACUGCUCAGCUUCCUGUGGACCUGGAGUAAGAUCAGUUUCGUUUGUCUGUAUCAAGGUUACUCCGGAUCUAAAGAAGGUUUCCGUGCUUGAUAAGUACUGUGAGAAGGAGGUUGGUUCUCCUGGUACAGUUGAGAGCUGUGAAGGACCUUGUCAAGGGUUGAAGUGGAGAUACGGAGCCUGGAGCUCCUGUAGUAAAACCUGCGGAGGAGGCUCUCAGCAGAGGAUGGCCGUAUGUGAGGACGGUACCUCCGGAGUAACACUUGCAGAUACAAACUGCCAGGCCCUAGAGAAAGUGACAACUCAACGUUGUGGAGAAUCUGAAUGUCCAAGUUGGGAGACCGGAGACUGGAGUGUAUGCAAUGUAACCUGCGGGCGAGGGGUGAGACAGCGACCCUACUGGUGUCAGCUCAACCACGCUAUUCAGCACCGUGAACUCUGUGAUCAGUCCACUACACCCAGGCAUAGAGAACCCUGUGAUGUCCGUCCUUGUGCUGCCUGGUCUAUGGGAGAAUGGACGGCAUGCUCAGCUAACUGUGGACAAGGAACUCGGCGAAGAACGGUUAGAUGCCUGUCUGUAGAGAAUAAGCAUGAGUUAGAUCCUGAGCUCUGUAACGACCAGGAGAAGCCGGCCAACCUAUCCACGUGUGAGGAUAUUUCCUGUCAGGAGACUAGAGUUCAAAUCUCCCAGGAUAUUAGCUUAGAAGACAUUUCUGAAGAAUUUACAAAUGAUAUCGAACAGACUAGGAGAAAAUCUGUUUUACCGUCUCCAGAGUCGUCUCCUCAAAACAAACUCUCUUUUAACCGGAACAGGAAACUGCCCUUCAGAUGGAAGUUUGGGCAGUGGAGAGAAUGCUCCGAACCCUGCGGAGGAGGAGAGCAAACCCGUCCUGUUGCCUGUUACGACAGGAUCAAUGGAGUACAGGAGAAGAACGAGGAGAAGUGCAGUAGGUUCCGACGUAGACCAAUUGAUAAACAACCUUGUAAUCAUAAGAAGUGUCCGACAGGAGACUGGCUGACCGGAGCUUGGUCCGGCUGCUCUGUCACCUGCGGAAAGGGAAUAAGGCGGAGGAAGGUUAGCUGUGUGAGCCGUGAGGACGGAGUGCUACAAGGAGAAACUAUCUGUCUGGAGAGAAAACCAGGGAUGGAGGAGAUCUGCGAUCUCAGCCCUUGUCAUCAUUCUGUUCCUCAGAUUGCUCUCUCGUUGGAUAUCGUUAAAUCCGCGACAAUGGUUGGACCCGGAGAAGAGAAGAUAAACCGAACCGAGGAGGAGAGGAUGGAUAAACCUGGAAGUUUCCACUGGAGAACUGGAGACUGGCAACUGUGUUCUGCGUCAUGUGGUAGAGGAAUACGACAAAGAGACGUCAGCUGUAUUCAGUUUAACAAUAUAGAGGUUUCUGUAGAUCAAUGCAACCAGGAGAGGAAACCACAAGAAAGAGAAGAAUGUAAUUCUGAACCUUGUCCUCAGUGGAACUUUGGAGACUGGAGUCAGUGUUCCGUCAAGUGCGGAGGAGGAGUUAGUCUCCGUCUUGUUAGAUGUCAAGAUCAUUUGGGUCAGAACCUUCCUGNGAAACAUAACCCUCCUGAUCAUCAGAUACAGAACAUUCCUGAUCAUCAGUGCGAACUGGAGAAUCGGCCAAAUGACCGGCGGAGCUGCCAGCUUCAGUCCUGUACCUGGAAACAGAGAAGAUCUCAUGCAUGGAAAGUUGGGAAAUGGUCUCAGUGCUCCAAGACGUGUGAGAGAGGUGAGAGAAGAAGAGAAGUUGUAUGUUUUGACCUGAGCAGCCAAACUGAGGUCACGGAUAAACAUUGUCUGUCUAGACCUAAACCAAAGUACAAGAAGGCCUGCAACAAGAUUCCCUGCCCUUUCAAGUGGAUAGCUGGAGACUGGUCACAGUGCAGUCAUACAUGCGGGAGAGGAGUGCAAACUCGCCGGGUCUCAUGUCAUAGGGUCAACACGUUUUCCUGGGUUGACCCGGACGAGACCCCACACGGGUGCAACUCCUCCUCUCGUCCGGACGAUCUGAGGUCAUGUAUGGUGGUUCCCUGCUCGUCUAUGAUACGCUGGGAGACUGGAGAUUGGGGCGAGUGUACCUGGAGCAAGUGUGGAAAGUCCGGGAAGAAGAGAAGGAAGGUUUUCUGCCAAACAAAUGAAGGAGAAAGAAUAAGAAAUAAGAUGUGCAAGAAAAAUUUGUCUCUCCAGUUUAAGCCUAAGAAGACACAAAGAUGUCCCAAAAACCAAUGUGGAUAUCAGAGUUGUCUUGAUGUCAAACAGAAACUAAUGACGACAGUAGAUGGAGAGUAUUUGAUCCUUCUGGGUGGCAAAAAUAUUUCCAUUUACUGCCACAAGAUGUCAACCUCUAUGCCGAAGGAAUACCUCAGCCUGCCUUCAGGAGAGAAGGAGAACUACUCUGAGGUUUAUGGUCGGAGAUUAAUCAUUCCAAACUCCUGUCCAAAUAAUGGAUCUAGAUUCAAUGAUUGUGACUGCGUAAAGGAUGAAUCUCGUGAAGGAUUGACAAUGUGGAGUAAAAUCAGUAUAAACGUCACCUCGCUCUCUAUUAACUCUCAUGAUUUCACAUUCUCUCGGCAAGUUCAAGGGGAACAUGUUCCAUAUGGAGAAGCCGGAGAUUGUUACAGUGCAGCAAAUUGUCCGCAGGGUAAGUUCAGCAUUAACCUGAGUGGAACUGGUCUCCGAGUAUCCCCGUUCACUGGGUGGGUUGGAGUAGGGAACAGGCCCUCCAUCUGGCUCCAAAGAGUUCAGGAUAAUCAGAUGAUUUACGGGAAGUGUGGAGGAUAUUGUGGAACCUGUGUUCCGGAGCAUCAUAUUGGUCUUAAACUAGAUCUACUCCCAACCUAGAUUAGAUCUACUCCCAACCUAAACUAGAUCUUCUCCCAACCUAACCUUGAUCUUCUCCCAAACUAACCUUGAUCUACUCCCAACCUAAACUAUAUCUACUCCCAACCUAAACUAGAUAUACUCCCAACCUAGACUAAAUCUACUCCCAACCUAGACUAGAUCUACUCCAUACCUAGACUAGAUCUACUCCCAACCUAAACUAGAUCUUCUCCCAACCUAACCUUAAUCUUCUCCCAAACUAACCUUGAUCUACUCCCAACCUAAACUAUAUCUACUCCCAACCUAAACUAGAUCUACUUCCAAACUAGACUGGAUCUACUCCCAACCUAAACUAGAUCUACUCCCAAGCUAGACUAGAUCUACUCCCAACCUAAACUAGAUCUACUCCCAACCUAGACUAGAUCUACUCCCAACCUAGACUAGAUCUACUCCCAACCUAGACUAGAUCUACUCCCAACCUAGACUAGAUCUACUCCAAACCUAGACUAGAUCUAGUCCCAAGCUAGACUAGAUCUACUCCCAACCUAAACUAGAUCUACUCCCAACCUAAACUAUAUCUACUCCCAACCUAAACUAAAUACACUCCCAACCUAAACUAGAACUACUCCCAACCCAAACUAAAUCUACUUCUAAACUAGACUAAAUCUACUCCCAACCUAAACUAGAUCUACUCCCAACCUAACCUUGAUCUACUCCCAACCCAAACUAGAUCUUCUCCCAACCUAGACUAGAUCUACUCCCAACCAAACCUUGAUCUACUCCCAAUAUAAACUAGAUCUACUCCCAAUCCAAGUAUUAGACUAUGUUUAAAUGAUGUAGGAAAAUGAAGAAUUUUAAGCAAAAUUUUAUGUGCUGGUUAAAAAUGCUUUUCUACGUAGUCUUGACUCUUAAACCUUUAACUGCAGUGCAGUAACACUAAUAUUAAGUUGUUGGGACGAAUGUCUAUGUUUGGGACGAAUCUCCGGGUAUAAAACCUACAGGAGUAUCAGAGUUAAACCCGUUAAACUGUUCUGAUCUCAACCUUUUCUCUACAAUUAUAGAUCUAAAUAAUGUAAACCCAGUAUUCUCUUUAUAGUUAAAUUAAACUAAACCAACUAAGAUAAAAAACUGCCAUUAAACUAAUGUAUGAAUUUAUUUAUGUACAUGUCCCGAAGUCCCAAAAAACAUGAGAAUUUAGUGAAGGUUUCUUUGCUUUAACCCAGGAGACUUGUUCGCGGGCAAGCCAUACCUAAUGCCUAUUGUCAAGUGGUCAUUUAACUUUCAUUAUAUUUACGCAACUCCAUUUCUACCGUUUUUUUAUUAUAAACUUUUACUUUUUAGAUACAGUCCUAACCAGCAAGACCCGGAAUUAAUUGACAAUUAAACAGAUGAAUUUACCUUUGUCUUUGAUCUUUGAAAUAGUUUACAGCAUUCAUUUGUCAAUCUAAUCUUACAAAUAUGAUUACUGAAACGAGAAAAUAGCCCCGGUCAUGCCAUUUCCAAAAUGUGUUCUGCCUUUUUUGUGAGUUUAAAAUUACCAGAGAUAUAAAGAAUUUUGGUUAGAUUUCAUUUUUUUUGUUAAAACGAAAAUUUUCUAAUUUUGAAUCAUUCAUAUCUCCUGUGAUAUUGAACGCACAAAAAAAGCAAACAACAUUUUGGAAGUUACAGACCUAGGGCUUUUUCAUGAUUAUCGUUUAUUAAAUAAAUGCUGUUUCAAAGAUCAAAAUCUAUUGUAAAGUCUUCUGAUUAAUUGCCGAUUCCGGGUCUUUCAGAUUCUUCUAAUUAGGACUGUAUAAUUGUUUAUCAAUAGCUUUUACCUGAACUAAUGUAAUAUCAAAUUAAAACAACUGAUAUUAAAACAAUUUUCUGUUCAUUGACGGAGAACUUCGAUUUGUAUUCAAUGUACAGAUUAUAAUAAUUGUUAAGAUGUAAAUAUGUUAUUUUUACUAUUGUACUGAAUUUACCUGAAUAGUUGUACAUAUGAAUGCUGUACAGUACAUUAAUCUUGUACAGUUUACAAAUGAUGCUGCCAGUUUUAUAAAGAUCUCCCUGAACUAAUACAAUAGGGCUGCAUUGUUUUCCAAAAAUUGUAUUGUAUGUGUUUUAACUUUUAAUAAUUGUGUUCGAAUUUCGCAAAAUAAAGAAUAU